GAUGGGCCCUCUAGAUGGGCCUAGUGGUGGGGGCGCCACACAGAACAGGCGCGAGCUGGUCACGAGGAAAGAGGCGAGGUGUGUGGGGACCAAUCCUUGUCCCCUCUUGGGGAGCUGUUGGGUGAACCGAGUGUAGACUGCGAAGAGCAUUGGCAAUCGCAGGACACAAGCCCAUCGUGUCCCAGCUCCCCACGGGGGCAUCAGAAGGCCUGGCCGACUUUACUGGGGACACAGUGAGAGGCCAGCAGAGCCGGUGAUCAGGAGACUGGAGGAGUUCAGGACAGAGGUGUGGGCAGGCCGCAGGCCAGCUGUGUCACCAUGGCAGAGAAGGUGAACAACUUUCCGCCGCUGCCCAAGUUCAUCCCGCUGAAGCCGUGUUUCUACCAAGACUUCGAGGCUGACAUCCCACCCCAACAUCUCAGCAUGACCAAGCGCCUGUACUACCUCUGGAUGUUGAACAGCGUCACGCUGGCCGUGAACCUGGUGGGCUGUCUCGCGUGGCUGAUCGGAGGCGGGGGAGCCACCAACUUUGGCCUGGCCUUUCUCUGGCUCAUCCUCUUCACGCCCUGCUCCUACGUCUGCUGGUUUCGGCCCAUUUACAAGGCCUUCAAAACUGACAGCUCCUUCAGCUUCAUGGCGUUCUUCUUCACCUUUAUGGCGCAGCUGGUCAUCAGCAUCAUCCAGGCUGUGGGCAUCCCAGGCUGGGGCGUCUGCGGCUGGAUCGCAACUAUCUCCUUCUUUGGGACAAACAUUGGCUCGGCCGUGGUCAUGCUCAUCCCCACCAUCAUGUUCACGGUCAUGGCCGUCUUCUCCUUCAUCGCCCUCAGCAUGGUUCAUAAAUUCUACCGGGGCAGUGGAGGGAGUUUCAGCAAAGCACAGGAGGAAUGGACCACGGGUGCAUGGAAGAACCCCCACGUGCAGCAGGCAGCCCAGAAUGCAGCUAUGGGGGCAGCCCAGGGGGCUAUGAGCCAGUCACAGCCCCAGUAUUCUGCCACCCCCAGCUACACAUACUCCAAUGAGAUGUGAGCCUGCCACACCCACUCAGAGGCAGGGCCAGGGCAUGGGACAGGGGCUCAAGCCACAUCAGCUGUGGUGACCAAGCAGGGUUCCCUUCUUCCUUUCCUCUUCCCUCUACUUUGUACAAAGAUAUAUAUAUAUAUAUAUAUAUUCUGUAUCUAUCUGUCUGCCUCUGUCCCCGCUCGCCUCUCGGAGCCAUAGGCUGCACGUGGAGCCAUCCCGUGCCAUGACCACCGUGUUCCUGUCCCCUUGUGAAGUAGUGCAGUGGAGGUCUCUUGUCGUGGUGCUAGAUGUAUGUUUAGAACCAAACCAGCGCCCCCUCCACCAUGCCACCCGCCUGACCCUGGCCCAGGACUCCUGCAACACCUGUGCCCUCUGCAGGCUCUGAAGCUGAAUCCACUUCCACCUGGGUCCUGCUGAGAAGAAACAGGAUCUCCCCUUGCUCCUUGGGACCCAUCCAGGCUCCUCCUCUUGUCUCCUCCCUGCCUUCAGAUCCCCUGCGCAUUUCCCUUCCCUGGGGUCUUUCUUCCCUGAGUGGUGUUUUUCUUUGUCCCUCUGAGGCUGUGUCCUAGUUGUAUCUGCUCUGAGACUGAGCUCAGAUUCCCAGUAUGACUGGAUUCCCAGCUCCAGAAAGCCAGCUCCAGAAAGCCGGGGCUGAUGUGGCAUGCUUACAGUGGGACAUGCAGAGCCCUUAGGGGUGCCUGGGUCCCAGGAAAGGAAAUGUAGGCCUGGUCUCCUUGGCUCUCAGUUUGGUUGCAGAGGCAGGCUCAUCCUUUCCCUCCUGUGCCUUUCCCGUCUCUGCCUCCAGCCCUCUCGAGCACGCCCCUUGCCACCUCCUCAUGCCCCCUCUGCCUUCUCUGAAGAGCUGGGUCUCUCUGGGUAGGUGUCACCUGUACCUUGAAACUGGAGCAGAAACUGUAAAUAAUCAUGGGUCCCUGGCAGAGGCCUGGUCGACCUAGGCCUGCAAGGCUUCUGGGGUCUCUGCAUGACCACUGGGUUCCUAGAAGCAUAGCUUUCCUGCUGGAUUGGCAGGAGGGAGGGGAACUCAGAGGACAGUGAGACAGGGCUCUCAAGAGAGGAGCUUACGCCUCUGCCCCACUUGCUCCUGGCCACGGGGCAGCCCUAGGCAUUUGCAUUCUGACCCAGGAAGAAGUGCCAGGUGCCAUUGGACUGAAAGCACAAAGGCCGGAAGAGGGAUUCUGGUGAGACAGGCAGGCAGGGGCAUUUAGUUUAGCUCCAUUUUUCCGCAGUCAGCUAAGUUGUUCUUCUUUGCCUGCAGGAUUUGGUUCCUGGUCCUUCCUCACCAUAUUUCCAGGGAGGGAGUCUAGGACUGGGGCUGUUCUAUUCCAAGAAGGGGGUGGCUAUUGCUUUGAGGGAGGGUGGUGGGAGUGGGGUGAUCACCUAGGGAGCAGGUGCCUGUCCCCACCCUCCUUGUUCUGACAGAGGCCCGGUGGGCUAGCUGGGUAGCCCCUGGCUCCACGUGGAGCUCAGUACUCGGGUUUUCAGGCCAUCCAGAGCAUGAUCUUCCAUGGUGUCUCUUCCCUAUGAGAGAAGCUCAGGGCCUUCGCAGAGUCCUCUUCUUGAUGUCCCUCAGGCUUGAGCCCCAUGCUGUGAUUGGUUCUCUGCCAUUCUCUCUGGAGAGCAGCUAUCCCAGCCUCUAGGUCCAGGCCCUUCUCCUUUCUUCCCCUUACCCAGACUUCUAGCUCUCUUUCUCUUUGUCCCUCUGGUCAUUCUGGAGUGCUGUGUUCCAGCUGCCAGCCUAGCAUUCUUGAUCUGUUGAAUGCCACCUCUAAUCAAUUUCCUGUCCCAUUCCACUUUCCUGGCUGAGACCUACAUGGCCAGGCCUGGCGCUGCCCUGGGGAAAGUUUGUCUCCUGCACCUGGCCUGGCUCGCUCAGACCCUAGGAUGCUGCAUCUCCUGGCAACUAUGCACUUCCUGGGAGGGAACCUAAGCCCAGGAAGUGGGAGGAGAGUCCAGUCAAUUCUGGGAUCCGCAGGUCUGGGGCCCGCCAGAGGCCUGCUUCUGCAUUCUCCUGGUGCCCACUGCCCUCCUUGUUUCCGGGAGACACAGACCAUUCCUUGGCUGGCAGUUGACCUGCCUAAGCCAACAUGUUUAUCUGUGGUAACUGAGUGAACUGUAAUAAAGGGGAACAUGUGUCCUGUG